AUGUCGGAAGACGAAGUAGAAAGUUUUGAAAUUACGGAUUACGACCUUGAGAAUGAAUUCAACAUUAAUCGCCCUAGGCGUAAAUUAACAAAGAAACAACAAAUGCUUGGUAUUUGGGCAGAUGAUAGCGAUGAAGAUGAAUUAUCUGCUAGACCAUCAUUUAAAACAUUUGACAAAGGACCAAAAAAUUAUACAACUCCGGUAAACUUUGUAGCAGGAGGUAUUCAACAAGCUGGGAAACCAAAAGAGGAAACAGAUGAUAAAGAUGACGAUGAAAGUGAUAAUGAUAAUAAGUUGCAAAGAGAAUUUCCAAAUAGUUCAAGUUCUGAAGAUGAAAGACCAAGUUCUUUGCAUCAACGUGCAUCAUUUUCGCUAAAUACAGAUGGAGAUAUAGCAGGUUUACGUAAAAAGAAACAAAAAGUAAAUCCUUUAUUAAUGCAAAGUGGAAUGGGUAGUUGGGAAGUAUAUACAAAAGGUAUAGGAGCUAAGUUGCUACUGCAGAUGGGCUUCGAACCUGGAAAAGGAUUAGGUAAACAGUUGCAAGGUAUAAGUGCUCCAGUAGAAGCACAUCUGAGGAAAGGUAGGGGUGCAAUUGGUGCUUAUGGCCCAGAGAAAGCUCCAAAAGUUCCGGAAAAGAAGAAAGAUGAAGAAACAGAAGAAGGAAAAGAAUCCAAGACUAAGUUAUCACAGUGGAGGAAAGGAGAUGGAAGUAUUGCUAAGAAAAAAGUUAAUUAUGUGUAUAGAAGUGUAGAUCAAGUUUUGGAAGAUGGAAAAUUAAAACCUAAUAAAAAAGUGAGAAUAUCCAAUGAAAUGAGUAGGGUUAAAGUCAUAGAUAUGACUGGACCAGAACAGAGAAUUCUUAGUGGAUAUCAUGCGAUAGCUGGAGGUCAACAACGACCUGAUGAAAAUAUUGUUGUCAGUGAUAAAAAGGCUAAAGUUAACUUUGAACUGCCAGAGCUUCAGCAUAAUUUAAAUAUACUUGUGGAUAUGUGUGAGCAAAAUAUUAUACAAAAUGAUAGAAGGACUCGACACUUGAGUGAUAGGAUGGUUGCAUUGGAAGCAGAGAAGAAAAAUUUGUCUAAAGUUAUAGAUCAACAUAGUCAGUUAAUAGACACUUUAGAAAAUGUUCUUGCAAUUGUAGAUAGAUUGAUGGAUGAAACAAACCAAUUAACAUUACAAGAAACAGCAGAUGCUUUCAAAGAUUUACAAGAUAAAUAUUAUGAGGAAUAUAAGAUGUACGAACUUGGUGAAUUAGCUAGCAGUUUUGUUGGCCUAAAAAUAAAAGAUUGUCUAAUUAGUUGGAAUCCAUUAAUGCAACCAAAGCAACCUAUCAAAUUGUUUGAACAGUGGAAAAGUAUUUUAGAAAGUGGUAUCACUACUCUUCAGACAAGAACCAUGCACCCAUAUGAUCAUCUUGUUUGGAAUUCAUGGAUGCCAUCAAUUAGAGGAGCUAUACAACAGUGGACAUGUAGACAACCAGAACCACUAAUUGAAUUAAUAGAAUAUUGGAUGCCAUUACUUCCAAGUUGGAUAUUAGAAAAUAUUUUAGAUAUGCUAGUUCUUCCUAAACUUACCUUGGAAGUAGAAGAAUGGAAUCCCCUUACAGAUACAGUGCCUAUUCACACAUGGAUUCACCCUUGGUUACCACUUUUAAGAAAUCGUUUGGAUACGUUAAUAUAUCCAAUAAUACGUCGUAAACUAGGAUCUGCAUUAGGUGGGUGGCACCCGUCUGAUAGAUCUGCUAGACUAAUGUUACAACCAUGGUCUAACGUUUUCGCAAAAGGAGAUAUGGAAGCAUUUCUAGUAAAGAAUAUCAUUCCAAAACUACAAAUAGCACUUUCAGAAUUUGUUAUAAACCCUCAUCAACAGCACUUAGACCAAUGGAAUUGGGUAUAUGAAUGGAAGGAAUUGAUUCCCUGCCAUAUAAUGGCAGGGUUGCUGGACAAAUUCUUUUUCCCUAAGUGGUUACAAGUUUUGGCUCUUUGGUUAAAUCAUUCCCCUAACUAUGACCAAGUUACAAAUUGGUAUAUGGGAUGGAAAAGUAUGUUGAGUGAAAAAUUAUUGGUUGAACCGUUAGUAAAAGAACACUUCAAGAAAGCGUUAGAGAUGAUGAAUAGAGCAGUUUCCGUGCCGCAAAGUCAUCAACCAGGUGCGAUGGAACAAGUUUCGUAUUUAACGAGUUUAGAAAGGACUCAACCUACUAUGUCACAGAUGCCUCCAACUGCGCAACCAAGAAUGGAGAGACUUGCCGAAGCAGUUAGAACAGCAUCACAGAUACCUCAAGGUUUCAAAGACCUUGUUCAAAAGAAAUGCGAGGAGAGGGGUAUUUUGUUUAUGCCAAUACCAAAUCGGUAUAGGGAAGCAAAACAAGUUUACAAAGUGGGCAAUGUCCAAGCUUAUAUAGAUGGCAACGUUUUAUUUGUUUGUCAUAAUGGUAUAAAUUGGAUGCCAACCCACCUAAAUGCUUUGUUAGAUAUGUCUGAACUCUAGAAAGCUAUAAUUCAAAUUCAAUAUGUAAUUAACGUUUAAUCGCAUACCGAUUUAUCUUGUACAUAUGCUGUAAAAUAACUAAGAUGUGACGCUAAAAAA